AUGAAGGUAUCCAGGCUCAAGCAUCUCCUCAAGCAUCGCAUCCCGAACCCCCAGCUCUCCGACAAGCGACAACUCGAGGAGGACGAGGCCAGAGGAUCAGCUUCUUCGCAGGAAAGCCCGACGUACACGAGUCAGAGGUUCUUAGGCGACGACUUGUACAGCCACCAUGACGCUAUGGAAGUUGUAGAGCAACAUGGUCAAGAUGUCGGAGAUGUCAAACUCAACAAGCCUACCAAGAAGAAACUGCUGACCAAGUUGCGAAUCCCGCAGCUCAAAGAGCACUCGAACAAGCUCCAAGACUCUGAUGCAGUCGCAUCCUUCCUUCAUACUGACCGACCGAGUCAACCAGAGCUGUACAGAGAGGCGAGGUACAGGCGGCUGGUGGUUCGAACCAGGAGCGACUCUCUGUCGUCGGAUGUGGAGGAGCUGGAGAAGAAGGAGAAGUUCGAAGCUGUCAGAGCCAGGAGGGAGGCGGAGAAGCAGCUUGUGAUCUUGCGGGACAAGCUGAGCAAGGAGCAGAGCAAGAACAAAGUCUGGAGCCUCGAAGAAUGUUUGAGCACCAAGGACGCGGACCUGGAGAUGCAAAUCUCCUCUCUGCGCGCCAACGACACUAUCAAGAAGUUGAACAAGGAGGAUGUGAAGCAUCUUGACUUCAAGACGUUCCUCCGCAUCAUCCGCAAACUGCAGCUGGGCGGGUCGUCGGCUCCUCGCGUGAGUUUCCAGGAGCCUGACGAUCAGGAGGCGCCGGCUCAAGACGACGGCGUGUGGGAUGAGUUUGUAUGA